AUUAUUGACAAUUAUGUUAUGUUAGAGAAAAAACAUAAGAGGUUUGAUGAGAUUAGACUGGUCAAAUAUACAUGUACCGUUCUCUGCAUGGGAAUGAGUUAAGUUAAAGAUUUCAGCUUAUUUUAUAUGCCACAAUAUGUUUAUAUAUAGGUCUGUUCUCUGUGUUUUUGUCACAGACCAACUUUUCCUGACUUCAUCAUCACUGUUACCUUACCUGCUUUUGAGUAUCAUCAUCAUCAUCACCAACACCAUAAACAGAAAAACCAGUCUUUACCUUCAUCUUUCUUCUUUCAUUUUCAAGACUUCUCAAAUCUUGAUAACUCACUCCUGAUAUGGCAGCUUUUGAGUACCAUUACCAACAACCUUUCUUUGUUGACUCUGCACCACCAUACUUCACCAUUAAGAUGUCUUCUCAGCUUGAUGACCAAGUCCAUAUUAUAAACAGUAGUAGCUGUGUUGAACAAAACUCUAAGAAUAGCAUAUGUGAGAAUCUUAGUCCUGAAUCAUCUUCCAUGGUUGUUGAUAAUCUUGAAAAGGGUGAACAAGUUACUCAGAAAGUGAGUUCUAUGGAGAAGAAGAGAAGAGUUAGAAACAAGUCUUCUUUGAGUAGCCCCUUAUCUAAGGAUGCAAAAGAAGGGAGAGGCAAAAAACAAAAGAAGAGUAGUGGUGAGGGGAUGAAAGGAGACGAGAAGAAAAAAGAAGAGAAGAAGAAGGAUCAAAAGAAAAAUGUUGAAGAACCUCCAACUGGCUAUAUCCAUGUCAGAGCAAGAAGGGGUCAGGCAACAGAUAGCCACAGCCUUGCUGAAAGGGUGAGAAGAGAGAAAAUAAGUGAAAGGAUGAAGAUAUUGCAGCAACUUGUCCCCGGCUGUGAUAAGAUAACUGGGAAGGCCCUUGUGUUGGAUGAAAUAAUCAAUUAUGUACAGUCCCUACAGAAUCAAGUAGAGUUCCUUUCAAUGAAACUUGCUUCAGUGAAUCCAAUCUUCUUUGACUUUGCAAUGGACCAAGAUCAUCAGAGAUUAAAUAGCAUUACAUCACCAUCACCAACAUCAGGACCACUACAAUCUGUAGCAAUAUGCAGCUCCAACCAUGCCACACCUUUUGCUGACACAAGUUUCCACACUGCUGAUAAUGAUCACUAUGUUUUGGAUUAUCCAACUCAAGUUUUUCUUCAAGGACAGAGGUCAAAUACCUUCUUUGAGCACACUGAUGGACCCUUUUGGGACGUAGAAGAUCAACGACAAAAGCUUCUUAAUCCAUAUGGAUUCGGCAACAAUACAUGUUCCUUAAAUUAAUAUCAAUUUCACAUAUCUGCCCUACAAAGUCUACAAACAUGUUGUGUUAUUAUCAUUUGUAGUAUAGAUAGAGUGAAAUUCCAAUUCCAAACAAGUAGUAGAAGGUUGGUUGUGAUGAAGGGAUUCUGUUUUUCCUAGUCCACCAAAUUAAAGUGAGAUAUGAACAUGAUGAAUAAAGUGUAGCAAAAUUAAUGGAUGAGGAAGCCAAAAGGACAAAAAAUGCCGACAAAAUAAGACCAUAUCUUUUUCUAGAUCCUUUGUUCUAAUAAUAAUUUUGACUAUAAAGUCUUAAAUUAUUCUGAUGCACAUAUUUCAAGAGACUCUGUAUGAAUGAAUAUGAAUCCUAGAGAGAUAUCUUAUCAUCAGAGUAGACUCAUUGAAAUUUAUGUAAAUUAUUGUUACUAGUAAUAAGAUUGAUAUUUAUGUUGUUGUGGUGGUGGCAGUUAUUCUGUUGAGGCAGUUAAUUUUGUCACCGUUAUUGAGAAAUGAUUAAUGUUUGAUGAUGUUA